AUGUUCCUGAAAAUCAGAACUGUAGACACAGAUCUCCCACGGCCACUCCCCGCAGAGACGGGCGCUGCUGCGUGGGGCCCCGGUUCGACCUCUGUCGCCUACAAGGGGGUCUGUGUAUCGCUUGCACCCUCUGAGAGCCCAGGCGCCGUCCGCUGCCCGCCUCUGGAGCCCCUUUCAGUUCACUGUGCAGGGCAGCGGGAGAAUCAACCACGGCUCCGGGAUGAUGCAGAAGCAGAGACCUGGGAAACUACCAGGCCAACAUCACGCCUGCCCGACGCCCAUUCAGCACUGGCCGCGAGGGGCCCACAGUCUGCCAGCGAGGAUGUUCUCCUUCUCUGGCUGGGAGUCUCCAGCCUCUUCAGGAAAGAAGCCAGAGAGCCGCUGUCACUCAGUGGGCCCGAAGAGACCUCAGCCAGCUUCCUGGGGCCUGAUGACAGCCAAGCUGCAACUCUUCCGGCAGCACCAUGGUGCUCCAUGCCAGGCACCUGGCCUCAUCUCAUCCUCCCUGCAGCACUAAGAGGCCAGUCACAAGCUCUCUGCUCCCACCAGAUUCAAGAGGAGGGAAUUAGACUCCACCUUGAUGGGGGAGUGAUGAAGUUUGAAGGUACCUAG